GCUAGUUAAUUAAUCAGUAGUUAAUAAAUCAGUUGUAGGUGUGGUUAAGUUGUAUCACGUGAUCUUCAAAACAAAAUGGCGGCCGUCUCUUGGAGAUUGACAUCUGUUUUAAAGUCCUCCUUGUGGAGCUCUAGAGCUAUUGGUCCUUUAUUUAGAGGAAGAGCAAUCACUAGAUAUUAUAUACCUCAAGCCACACCCAUUUUGUAUCGUCAGUAUUCUAGUAAAGACAUUGAAGUAACUCUCACGCCGGAAGAAAAGAAGAUUAGUGAUAGAAUGGACCGUGGGUAUAUAAGGAGGUUCUUUGACUGGAUGAAUUCUGACCCUGAACCCAUUGAAGAAGUGUUUAGUGAGGAAGAGAGAUUAAAGAGAGAAGACUUAGACAGAAGAUUAAACGAAAUGCUUUAUUCUAAUCCACCAAUCAAACCUGAUCUAGCCUUCGUAACAGAAAUGAUAGAGACAAUGAUGACUUUUAAUGACAGGAUAGCUGUAGAGAAUUGGUACCUUGUAAUGCCGGAAUUAAAACUAACACCUGACAAAGAAUUCAAGGAAAAGGUGGAGGCAUAUUUGGAAAAGGCUCAUAGAGAUUCAUAUUAUGAGUAGAUGAUCACAAGCCAGCACACACACAUAGACAAUGAUAUUUAAUUUAUUAAUAAUAAUAACAGAAUAACAGAAUGAGGUGACAUUUUCUCACUUGGCCAAUUUUAGAUCUACAUUUGUAUUUUGACCAUUUCUUUAUGUUGUGCCUGCUUAGAUCAUUUACAUCGUA